AUGUCAUACGUCGUACAAGAUUUUUCCAUAACGAUAACAGAUAAUAAUGAGCAACAAAAUUUAAGGUUUUUUUCCGUGAAAAUGGAACGUCUUGUAAGAAGUUAUAUGAUAACACCAAAUGAUUCUACUCAAGAGUUUGACUCAAUCAUUUCUUCGGCUGUGAACGAAUUGCAUAAUGGUCAAAAUUUAUUAUCGCUUGUUCAAUCGCUCGGUGAAUUUUUAACCAGUGAAGAUUCCGCAAUUCGUGCUAAAGGCACAAGACUUUUAUCUUCAGUGCUUUCAGAAUGCCCUCAAGAGCAAAUUAACAAUUCCGCCGCCAACGUGUUGGUAGAUUUCUAUUGUGAAAGAUUAUCUGACACAACAAGUGUUCCCGAUCUUAUCUAUGGAUUGAGAUAUCUCCCACAAUUCGGAACUUUUCGCGAUGAGCAUGCAAUUAAGGUUUCUAAAGCAAUUUUUGCAAACAUAAAUGUUCAAAGUCUUCAGCAGAUUGUACGUCAUGAAGUGCUUCAAAUAUUAGAUAUAUUAUUACACCAUCACCUUCAUGCAUUGAAACAGUUAGGGCCUGAAUUCGUCUUAGGAUAUAUUCAAUCUAUGGAUGGCGAAAAAGACCCGCGAAAUUUGCUAUUAGCUUUUUCCUCGAUCAAAUUAAUUAUUCAAGAAUUUGACAUUUUGCCCCAUGUUGAGUCACUUUUUGAAGUGACUUUUUGUUAUUUUCCCAUUACAUUUAAACCACCUCCAGAUGACCCCUAUGGAAUUACUGCCGAUGAUUUAAAAGUCGCGCUAAGAGAAUGUUUAUCUGCAACAUCACAUUUUUCUAAAUUUGCGAUGCCGUUAUUGGUGGAUAAAUUAGCAUCUAGUUCUGGUAAUGCCAAGAAAGAUUCUAUGGAAACAUUAAAGGCAUGUGCACCAGUGUAUGGAUCGAGUGCUAUUAUUCCUCAUCUUGAAAUUUUAUGGAAUUAUUUAAAAGAUGAAGUCAUCAACGCCACAAAUGAUUCAUUUGAGCUUAUUGCUCUCGAAGCUAUUCAAAGCAUUGCAGAGACUUUAUCAGCAGAUGGAAUAGAAAAAUUAGACCAUCUGCAACAAUUUUUAAAGAUUAUUGUCACAGAGUGUUUAGAAAACCUCGAAAAUUCUGAACUAAAACUAGCCAAGCCUUGUGGAAAGAUAUUAAAAUAUUGUGCAAUGGCUUCUGAUCCAGCAUGUAAUAUAAUUAUCUCCGCGACAUUGAAUAAUUUCAUAAACCAAUAUAGAAUGAAUGAUUUGGCCACUCGAAAGAAAGGAAUACUCGAAAUAUUGACAGAAUUUAUUGCUGCUUCUCGAUAUCUUUAUGGUUCAGUUGAAGAUGUUCCAGCUGUCAGAGCCCAAGGUUUUGUAAUGCCAUUGGUGUCAUAUAAAGAUGAUAUGUUUGAAAUUUUUAGUUCGGCACUUUUAGGAAUCAAUGAAUAUAAUGAGUUACGACUAUGCGGUCUGCAAGGAUUGCAUGAUAUGAUUUUACUGAAUAAAUUUCUUUCUGAUAGCGAAAUAGGAGUAAUUCUACAAUAUUUUAAUAAAAUCAUUCUUGACGAACAAGAUCAAGACAUUGUAUUGUCGACUUUAAAAUGUUUGGAAAAUAUCGCACAUUACAGACCAAAAAUUGUAUUAGAUGUUGCGCUUCCCAUAUUUGUGUCCAAACUUCCAAAUAUUGGCGAUGCUAUAGACAAAGGAUCUCAUACAAAUUAUAGUAAAAUAUUAGAUUCGAUUUCCAAAAUAUCAGUUGAACCUAUAUUAUUUGAGGCUUUAGUACCUGAAAUUCUUGCAAAAUUGGAUAAUGUCCUUUCACCUUUAUCUAGUGUAAAUUGUGACUAUACUGAAGCCAUAUUACAAGCACUUCACUCCCUACUUUUAAAGAAAUCGUCUUUAGGUCACACUGAUGUUUCGCGUUAUGUGGAUACUAUUAUACCGCAUCUUCUUGCCAGAUGUGUAGAACCCACCUUAAAUUUUAAUUGUGAAUCGGAACAAUAUACAGUAUUUUGUGACUUGCGAAUUAUCCGAGUUGUCGCUGGAAUAAUUUCUACAAUAACAAAGAGUCUAAAUGUGAGCGAACAAACUACGUUUGUCGGCCAAAUAUUCGAACUAUUCACACGAGGAAAUACUAGUUAUCUUCGAUUCUCACUGCCUGAAACAAAUGUCCCAUUUAAUCCGUUAUCAUUAGAUUCAAGUUCACACCAGAAGAACCUAACAUUAUGUUUCACAGCUGCUAUAGGAUCGAUUCGACAAGAGGUCCAAUCUUCAUUAUCAGAUAUCUUUGAAUUCUUGACAAAGAUAGUUGGGAUUUGUUUAUCUACUCCAAAUGAGAUACAACAACAUUCUUUGGCUCAAUUAGCUGCUUCAAUAUUAAACAAGUGGGACAAAGAACCUGAACUAAUAGAAUUUGCCCAAGCACAAGUUCUUGGUGAAUUGUUAAAUCAACUUUCUUCUACUUCUGGAUUAGAAACUAUUAGAUGUAAGUCGUUGUAUCUCUUUCUUUGGCUUACCAAGGCGUUAGUGUUACGCACACAUCAACUUGGCUAUGAUUGUACUGGCCAAAUUAUAAAUCUGUUCAGCGAUCCUAUUUUAGGAAAACAAUCUGCUGAAGGAAUUGGAAUAAUUAUUGGUGAAAGUGAUAUCUUAAAUCGACAGGGAUUUGCAACCAUAAAGAUUCUUUAUAAACAACGAUUCUUUAAUUAUUGUGUACCUAUAAUAAUAGAGCGAUUCAAGUCUUCGGAUGAUGUCACCAAACAUAAUUAUUUGAUGGCUUUAUCACAUUUACUGCGAAACAUUCCAAAGCAAGUUUUGAUGAACGAUCUUCCUUCG